AUGGUGAGGGCUGGUGCAGCAGAGAUGGGCGACUGCGGCGAGGUGGGGUGGUGGUGGGCGGCUGCGGCAGUGGAGGAUUAUGCAUGGUACAAAUUUGAUCCAAACAACGCUGGACAUAGAAAGAUCAAGGCUGAAAUUGAGCUGGGUGGUGGCCUGCCUGACAUCCGCAGCACUCGCCAGUGCAUCCAAGCUAUGAAAGAUGCUGGAUUUGAGAUUGUCUUCGCCAAGGAUCUUGCUGAGGACUCUCCAUGCCCAUGGUACCAGGAAAUAGAUCCCGGCCAUUUCUCAUGGACAAACUUCAAUAACUCCCAUGUCGGAAAAUUCAUCACUCAAGCAGUUGUUUGCACACUAGAGUUCCUCCGUAUUAUCCCGAAAGGCUGCAAUAGGUUGUUCAGCAUCAUACAGACUGCCUUCCACGGCGUUGUGACGGGCAGCCGGGAAGAGAUAUUGACGGUGACCUUCUUUGUCCUUGGCCGGAAACCUCUCAAGGAGAGUGAAUUUUAA